AUAUAGCACUUAAAAAUGUUUUAAUUACUGCAUAUUAAAUUAUACUUCAGUACAUCAGGGGGAAACAAUCUUCUGUGAUUAGAGCCAUGUUUGUAUUGAACUCAAAAUAAUUUACAACAGCUACAUUUUCAUUCAGAGGGGGGGUAAUCUCCCUGACUGCCUGAUGGAUUUCCCCUAGUGAUAUAAAUCCAUUACUUGUGAGUCUUUCUUUGUUUCAAGCAACAAAUCAAAUUGGUAUUAACAAAUUGGCACUUAACAUUUGAAAACAGCAUCUGUACAAUCACUUUUCAAGCAAGAUGUUAUUCUCAGCUUAGUCAUCCACUCAAUAUUCUUGAACUUGAUUUUACAUCUCCUUGGAAUGACCCCUCUAAUCUUGCUAGAAUUAUAAUUUUCACCAGAAUGACUUUGUUCCUUUACAUUAAGCCUGCUUGUUUCCUCUGAUUUUCAACAACUUAGAUAUUGUGCACAGAGUCAGUAUAUAACAUUACAUGAAUUAUUUGGAAUCAAUAUAGGUAUUUUCUUAACCCUAUAUUAAUACAUUAAGAUUUAUGAUUUUAUUCACAUUUGUCACAAUUGUGAUUCUUUCAUGAAGCUGGCCAAGAUUGAAGAUAUAUUACAGCAGUUAGCAGCAUAUAUUCUCGAAAUUUGUUUCAUAUGUAUUACUCUUCAUCAUUUACAGAUAAAAUCUUUGUAUGGAAGAAUGUAUGUCUUAAUUUUUGUUUUAGAAUUGCUACAAUAAAUAUUUCAAUUAAAAGAAACACCUCUGAGGUGUUUAUGAUUUCAAUUCAUUUUAAUAGUGCCCUAUGAUAUCAAUAUCAUGGUCAUAUUAUGAUGUAUUGACUGAAACCAUCCUUUCAUAAAUAGCCAUAAGUCCAAUAAGCUAUAUAAACCUAUAUAACCUAUAUAAACACUGCACUUGUUCAAACUUGAGCCAGACAUAUCCAAGAACAAGAGUGAAUAAACAUUGGUCAAAAGCCCUUUUUGAUACAAUACAUGGAAAGAUGGUUAUGGAAAAUCUGUUAGCUAUUAUAAAAAUAAGAUAUGAGAGAGCGAGAGAGAGGAAAUGGGAGUGUGGACGAGAAAAAAAAGUGAAGGAAAAUUAAAGCUAUUAAUAUUCAUUCCUUAUCACAACUAAGAGUUAUAUAUAUUCAGAAAGCUUGUAAUCUGCUUAACUUGAGUGUAGACUCAAUACAAUCUACUGAAAUACAGUGAAGAGUAAAUGCCAGGAAGCAAUCAGAGACAAACAGCGUGUUGCAUACCUUACCAGGAAGGUAACUAGUCUUCAAACAAAACAUAGCAUAAUUAAAAAUCCCUAAUUCACUGAUCCAUUAAUGGCCUCAAAUUAUUAUCUACCAGUGUUACUUUAAAUGCUUUUACACUUUAAUAGCAAAGGAAUUCCUCUUUAUAUUGAUCUCAACAGCCAGGCACACGUACUGCACUAUAAAACAUAUUUUCCGUAAGUUGUUUGUCUGGAUAGACUACAUAUUGUUAAAUAAUACUGUGAUUGGUUGUAGAGCACAAUCUUACCAAAGACACUGUUUCCCUCCCAUUCCACUUUUUGUCUACCUCUUACUUUCUUGUAAAUCUAAAGUAGACAUCUCUUGGCUCGUGCCAACAGUCUCAAACCCCACCCCCACAUCAUGAGAAGGAAGAAAAAAAAGUUUUGGAAUCAUGUUGGGUAUUAAUUAGGGGAUGGUGGGGGAGGUUGGAUACUCCAUCGGUUAAUGGUAUAUAAAAAGAGCUGUUGGGGUUGCAGUUUUGUCAGUGUCAGGAUAUUUAGUGGUAUCAUCAGCAAUAUAUAAGGAAUCUGUACAGGGAAUGUCUUCUUGAUUGACAUCAGGUGUCAAUAACCAAAGGAUACAUUCCGAUCAGGAUAUUAAUAUUCUUAAAUUCACACAUUUUAUCUAAUUUGAUUUUGCGAUGGAAUUCAGACAAUUUAUUUUGCGUUGUGGUGUAGUUCUUGGUUGUUUUCUUCAGUUUUUGCCAUGGAGUGAGGCCUGUAAUUGCCUUGUAAAUCAUCCACAAACUAAAUAUUGUUUCUCAGACUUUGUGAUCCAGGCGAGAGUUUUAGAGAAGAAGAGAAUCGAACACCCAGACAAAUCUCGUCCUAUCAAUUAUCGUUUCUUGAUUGGUUAUCGUGUACGAAUCCUUGGUAUAUUCAAGGGAGGUGAUUACUUAGGUGAUGUAGAGGAAGAAUGGAUUCAUUCUCCUGAUGCUGGUGGACUAUGUGGUGUUAGUGGGCUUGUCAGGAAUGGUGAAUACCUACUCUCAGGUCGUUAUACUAGGGACAUCUUCUAUAUGACAUACUGUGAUAUGUGGUCAGAAUGGGAUAAGUUAACGGAAGAACAGUUAUUCGGCAUGACAUCCAUAUACAACAAUAACUGUAAAUGCAGGAUAAGAGGCGUAAUUGGAAUCAUCAACAUAGACACACAUUCUAAAGACAGUUAUACAGCUUCUUAUGUGGAUAGAUCACCUCUUUGGGAUGAUGGAAGUUGUCGUUACAACCCAGUUGCAUCCUUAUUUUACAAGUCUCAUGACUGUGAGACCAUGUACAGUCACUGUACAUGGGCCAAUGAUACUUGCUUGUGGGAACCUUCAAGAGAUUACAACCUUUGCUACCAGGCUCGUGAGGCAAUGUGGAGACAUCGUCAUACUAACAAGUAUUUACCUGUAAAUGUACCUAAACGUAGACUAAGGUGCAAGAAUACUUCAAAAAGAUUUGUUAGGCGCUGUGCAAAUGCUUACGAGAGGAGAAUGCAGAAGAGACGUCUUGCUCAAGGCAAAAGACCACCUGUGAAAUACCUUGAACUUUUACUUAAUGGAUACACAACAAAUUCAACAAUCACAACAUCAACUGUUUUAAUGGGAUGAUUACUACAAAAAAAUGAAACUGUUUCUUAUAUCUGACCAUUCUUCAAUUUGGUAGUUUAAGAUAAAUCAGUGUGAAAAGACUCAUCAAGAAUGAAAAAUUCAAAGCAUUCAAAAGAAAAUAUGUGUACAUACUAUUUAAAUGCAUCUUGUGUAUUAAGUGAUGAUAAGUAUGAUGAUAAACAGCAUUUGAAUAGUGCCGUUUUUCUGUAAAAAAAACAUUCAAAUGUGCUGGCUCCCCAAAAUGUCAAACAUUAUUCAGUUGCUGGAAAAGAUGAUUUGAAGGUCUCAUUAUUGUUAUUAUCACAAAGUUGGAUGGGCAGAUAAUUCAAAAGACAUGGAGCAACUAAUGAAAAAGUUAAUUUAGUACUUACACAUUAUCAAUAGAUCAAGGAGACAGUAAGGUAUACCUGAGAAUGCUCAAUUUUGACUAGUUGCUAUGAUAAAUACUAUGAAUUAAUCAAAUUAAUAUGAAGAAAAACAAUGUGAGUCAAUUCAAGUUAUUUGUAGUAUAAACCACAAUGUGAAUUAAAGCAUCCUUUCCUUAAAGUCCAAUGAAUUAUUAGACCUUACUAAGUGUAUACAUAAUAUUUGUUGCAAUGAAAUCUGUAAGAAUUAUGGAUAUCAAUAUUUAAACUAUUAUCAUUAUCUGUUGUGAAAAAUAAUAAGUUUCACCAUAUUUUCACUUUGCUUUUAAAUUUGUAAAAUAAACUCUUAAAGACUGUUUUCCUUUCCAAUUCAGUAGAUACUUUGGCAAGUCAGCAUUAUGUAAAUAUAUAUCAAUUUUAAUGAAAUCAUCAAAUUCUUAAGGCUCUGUCACAUUGUUAGGCUCGCGUGUGACUUUUGGAUGACUAGUUUUGCUACCCGCAGGUCGCCUGCAGGUCACUAGUAUUGACUUGCAUGUAUUUCACAUGCAGUUGCCUGCAGAAGUGCAUGCAAGUCUAAUUUGUAUGCAGAAAUGUUUGAACAUGCUCAGAACUUUGUUGGUGCUGGUGAAUUCCUGCAACUCACCUGCAAUGCUUGCAUGGAACAAUAGGACAGGCAGUGUAAAAAUAUCAUAUCUGCCUAAUUCAGCAAUGAUUUAAAGUGUAUAUUAUUUCAAAAAUAAUAUUCUCAUAUGAAAUUGAAUAAUUUAUGCCAGUUUAGUGUUUCAUUCUGCAAAUUAAUUUGAAAAUUAUGUUUCCAGCAUCUACUCAAAAGUUAUUUCAUCCAUUCAGAAUUAACACCAAAGCAUGAGAUCAUUCUGUGCUGUGCAAUUGCAUUGCCAGCAACUUAGUUCAUUUUUCAAAUACAUAUAUAUGCCUAUAAGAAGAGGCUGAAAAAAGUGCAAUCCAGUGUUUCAAGCAUUGUGUGUAUAGAUAAGAGAGAAACAAAUUUGUUGAAUUUGAAUUAGUUGAAACCUGUUUUUUAUUUCUUAAUUUAUCUUUCAGAAAACAAAAAAUAAAAUGUGUGGAAAAUAGGAGGGAGAGGGAAUUGCAGAAAUGUGAAUCUUGAAUGUUUAUUUGGGGGUUACUUUACGAGAGUGUACAGAUUUUCAUUUCUUUUUGUCUGUUUGGUGUACAUGUUAAUGUCUACUGUAGUUAAAAAAUGUGUACAGAAAUAUUCUAGUUAAAAAUCAAACGAUUCGCAAGCGAUUUAGAUUAAAACUCAAUUUUAGAUUUUGUUUCAACUUAUUUGAUGAAAAAGUCAGAUCUAAGUUAGAUCUCUAAUUGCGUUUCAUUCUGCAUCAUUAGGGGAUGAGGCCUCAAUGUUAUAUAUAAAUGUAAAUAAAUUAUUU